UUCAGUUUGAAGCUUAUCUUCAUAGAUUGUCUCGACGUUUUUGGUUCCCGCCCUCUAUACCCUGUUCUUCUUGCUUCUUGGAGAAUGGCGGUUCCUCUCUUCAAUCUUGCUCCGAAUCUCAUGGUUUCAAGGCUCUGCUUCGGUACCAUGACGUUCGGCGAGCAGAACUCGCUGUUUCAGUCAUUUAGCCUCCUCGACCAAGCUUUCGAUGCGGGCAUCAACUUCUUCGAUUCUGCAGAAAUGUAUCCAGUGCCUCAACGUUCUGAGACUCAGGGCCGGAGCGAGGAGUACCUUGGCCAUUGGAUCAGAAGCCGAAAAAUUUCUCGGGAUCGUAUAGUUUUAGCUACAAAGGUUGCCGGACCAUCUGGGCAAAUGACUUGGAUACGAGGCGGACCGAAGUGUUUGGAUACUAAAAAUAUUACAGAAGCAAUUGAUGCUAGCUUAAAGAGAAUGCAAACGGAUUUCAUCGAUAUUUACCAGAUUCAUUGGCCUGAUCGGUAUGUUCCAAUGUUUGGAGAAACUGAAUAUAAUCCAUCCUGGCAGUAUUGUUCAGUUUCUAUAAAAGAGCAACUUUUUGCGCUCAGCAAGGCUGCUGAUGCUGGUAAGAUCAGGUACAUUGGCCUCAGCAACGAAACACCUUAUGGUGUUAUGAAAUUUGCACAUAUUGGUGAAAGAUAUCCCCACUUUCCGAAACUUGUAUCAUUGCAGAACUCGUACAGUUUGCUUUGUCGAACUUUUGAUUCUGGCCUAGCUGAAUGUUGUCAUCAUGAGAGAAUCAGCUUAUUAGCAUACAGUCCCCUGGCAAUGGGCAUACUUUCUGGGAAGUACUUUUCUCCUGAAGGUGGUCCUGCAGAUGCUCGACUUAAUCUUUUCAGAGGAAAGUAUUUAGAAGGGGAAUCUAGAUACAACCUAACCAAUAACGUCAUCAAAACAGCUACCAUGGAAUAUGUUAAGGUUGCUAAGACAUAUGGCCUUCAUCCAGUCUCUCUGGCAAUUGCAUUUGUUCUCAGGCAUCCCCUUGUAGCAAGUGUUGUUUUUGGAGUUACCAAGUCAUGGCAACUCUUGGAUAUUCUAAAUGCUGUUAAGGUUGAGCUCACACCUGAAAUAAUUUCUGAAAUAGACGAAAUUCAUUCGAGGUUUCCCAAUCCAUGUCCCUGAUUUGGAGUUUAAAUGUGUGAAGAAGCAAUAACGCAGGUUUCCUCUUCCUCUCAAGAUAGAUGUCUUAUUUUGUAACAUCUUUUAUGCUUGGGGAUUUUUGGUUUGUUCUGUAAUGUUAUUCACUUGUGAUCAAAGUUGAGUUACUACGAGAGGAGGAUAUUUUUACCAAAAAGGAAAAGCACCACGGGGAUGUUAAUAAUCAUGAUCAUCUUCAUAGUGCCUUCCUUACGUGCCCUCAUUACAAGAACGAUGCGGAAUCAUAGCACUACAUCUUCAUUUUGUGUCCA